AUGAAGAUCCUCCUCAUCUUCACCCUCUGCCUGAUCUCAGGUAAAGAAACUCACUUCAAAAUAAUCCUCACUAUCAGCAGCAGUGUUACAGGAAGGAAGGUUUUGCUCAGAUGGAUGUUUGGUGUUUUGUUAGAUGGAGGAGCCUCCAAGGAAGUAACAGGAAAUUCAGGAGGAGGAGUCCUUAUCAAGUGCAAGUAUGAUACAGAAUACACACCAAACCCAAAAUAUUUCUGUAAGGGUUCAUCUCCAGGCUGUUCUGACCAAAUAAAGACAGGACAUAAAAACGAGUGGGUAAAUUCAGGAAGAUUCUCACUGUUUGAUGACACCAAAUCAGCAGAGUUCACGGUGAUGAUCAGAGAGCUCACUGUACAGGACACUGGGACGUACCAAUGUGGAGUUGCUCGAGAUUUGCUAAAGACUGAGACACCAGUGUACCUGAAAGUAAAAAAAGGGAGCUUGGUCUCUCGAGAGGUAAUUGUAUAUGCAGGGACAAGAAGCAACAUCAAGUGCAGAUAUGAGGAUGAAUACAAAGACAAGCCUAAAGCUUUCUGUAAGAUCAAGACAGAUCAGUGGUGUUUUAAACACAUAAGUACAGAACCAACACAUGAAUGGGCACAUGAUGGCAGAUUCUCAAUUCAUGACACCAGAAGUGCAGGAUUCUUCAGUGUGUUUAUCAGAGAGCCGACUACGGAGGACACUGGAGUAUACGCGUGUGCUGUUGUGUCGGAUGAAGCAGAGAUCUACACUGUAGUGAAGCUGAAUGUAACAGAAGAUCUGUCCUAUGAGAAGUCCAUCAGCGAGACUAUCCAUGUAGGAAGAGAUUUGACUGUUCGCUGUAAAUACCCAGAAUCCCACAGGAACGACAAUAAGUUUCUCUGCAAAAAGAAAGUAUAG